AGCUGAGCCGAGCUGAGCCGAGCCGGGAAUCGUCAGCAGUGCUGCCGCCUCCAGCCUCCCUCCCGCCACCGGACUGCGGGCGGUAGAGAGGGGUUGUUCUUUUGUUUGUUGUUUUUCCUCCCCCUGCGGAAAAAAAAGAUAAAGAAGGAGGAGGGGAAAAAGGAAGGAAGAAGCGAAGAGAGCCCCCUCCGCUUGCCAAAGUCUUUGUCUCCGGAUGAACAGCGAUGGGGGAAUGGACUAUUCUAGAGAGGCUACUGGAAGCUGCCGUGCAGCAGCAUUCUACUAUGAUAGGGAGGAUCCUGCUGACCGUGGUGGUGAUCUUCAGGAUACUCAUUGUGGCCAUUGUAGGGGAGACGGUGUACGAUGACGAGCAAACUAUGUUUGUCUGUAACACGCUGCAGCCAGGCUGCAACCAGGCUUGUUACGACCAGGCUUUCCCUAUUUCUCAUAUAAGGUACUGGGUGUUCCAGAUCAUCAUGGUGUGCACUCCCAGCCUUUGCUUCAUAACGUACUCCGUUCACCAGUCUGCUAAGCAGAGGGAACGGAGGUACUCCACUGUCUUCCUCACCUUGGAGAGGGACCAGGAUUCAAUGAAGCGUGAGGACAGUAAGAAAAUCAAGAACACGAUUGUCAAUGGGGUGCUGCAGAACACUGAGAACUCCACCAAAGAGGCAGAACCAGACUGCUUAGAAGUGAAGGAAAUCCCCAACCCCGCUAUCAGAACUACAAAGUCAAAGAUGAGGAGGCAAGAAGGCAUUUCUCGAUUUUAUAUCAUCCAAGUGGUCUUUCGAAAUGCCCUAGAGAUUGGAUUCUUAGUGGGACAGUAUUUUCUGUAUGGAUUCAAUGUCCCUUCCAUGUAUGAAUGUGACAGAUACCCUUGCAUUAAAGAAGUAGAGUGCUAUGUCUCUAGACCCACUGAGAAGACUGUAUUCCUGGUAUUCAUGUUUGCUGUCAGUGGGAUCUGUGUGGUGCUAAAUUUGGCGGAACUGAACCACUUGGGCUGGAGAAAGAUCAAAAUGGCAGUGAGAGGAGUACAGGCAAAAAGGAAAUCCAUAUACGAAAUCAGAAAUAAGGACCUGCCAAGAAUGAGCAUGCCUAACUUUGGCAGGACUCAGUCAAGUGACUCAGCUUAUGUGUGAGGCUGUGACAGAACUGAAACACUGUGCCAGGUGGAACAGACCCAGAUACCAUUAGAGAAAGGUACAUUGCUUAGGCAAGCAUUUUAUCCAACCACCAAGAAAGCCAUUAAGGUAUUGGAUCUGCACUUACCGAACUAGCUGCAAAACGCAGUGCUAUGUAAAAGACUGAAAAACCAGCUCUAAAAAUCAUGCUUGAUCUAGCCUUACAGCACAGCUACUAUUAGCCCUACUUUUCCUUCCGACGAUUGGGUGUUACCUGUCGGUGGAGCGGCUCUUUGGUCGUCCUGUAGGAUGAGCUCGCAGUCCGGACUGUCUGACUAAUCGUUGUAAACAUGUAGAAUGUUCAUAUUAAAAACCUGCAAGGAUACUCUCUAUGGGGGUGGGGUGGGGGAAAAAAACUGUUGCGGUGUGCAGUUGUCAGCAUGUCUUCAAGGGAGGGUAAAUUGCACUGUUAAGGACCCUGACCACAGCUCAAUCAGGAUAUCUGCGUUCACCUAUCUCACAGAUGUCUUAUAUUAUUUUGCUUGUCUGAGUCACAGAGUUUAUUCCUGGUGUGUAUUACUGGCUAGCUAUUUUCUAUCAGAGUUUGUGCACCAAUUUAGUUGUGCUAAACAAUAAAUGCUGAAUAUAAUUUGGCCAUUUUUUUUUGUCGUUUGCCUGUCCCCACGCAGACAGACAGACAGACAGACACAGACACACACACCAGAGACCUUAAUCAUCCUCCAUUAGUUGUGAUCUACAAAACUCUAUCAGGACAUUUCUGUUCUUUCCCUACUAUGUGCAUGAAUAAGAUGGAGUUGGUUCAUGCCAACCUAGUUAUGUAUUUACCUACAAUCACCUGUGAUGACACACAUACCAAAGGAACAGAGUUCAUUGCUUUUAACUGUGAAUAUAUCACCUUCUCUCUGCUCUUAUUUAUAUAAGUGCCAUACUUGAAACAUCUAACUCUGUACUUAGUCAAAAGGUUGUCUUGGGAUACCAGCUGGAAUAAAGCGAUUUUAUACUCUCCUUUGUUUAUUUUAUGCUAUUUGUUUAGUCAUUGCAAUGGUGUAAAAACAAACAAACAAACAAAGCAGCUCAAAUCUCUGUUUAUUGGUAAAGUACU